CAUCGUACCAUUAUCAACCAUUAUCACAACCAUAACCACAGAGCCCAAUCAAUUGUUUUGUGCUUUCUCCUUCAUCUACUUCGGUUGGCAUCGUCCUCGGAAUCAAGUUCGCCAUGCCGCCAUUAGACUCUUCGCGCAGCUUCGCGCGUGAUAUGCUCUCAAAUCUGGCAUCCAAAUCAUCACCUUCGACAGUCACACCUACGUCGACGUUAAACCUUGCACAGAAAAUCCACGACUUUGCCUCCCGCACGCUCCUCCCCCGACUAGCGACGGAUGUGAGCACGGUCCCUGAGGGGUACGGCCGGACUGCAAACGGCCCGUCCCCCGGUGCGGUCGCCGGCAUAGUCUUGGGUUCCGUUGCAGGAUUCAUACUCCUGUUGUGGAUAAUAUACUGGUGCGUGAACUUGGGAUCACCGGCGCCUCACCUCGAGGAGGGUUCCGUAAGCGGAGUGGGUGGCUCCUCGUCCGUAGUGUCGUACCGCUCGCGACCGCGGGUGCGCCGUCACCGGCACAGCCACAACUCGCGAGCGUCGCAGCAGUACUCGCCGCACCGGCGGAAGGAGACCGUCGAGAUCCGGCGCGACCGCACUGUUCGCCGCUCUCCAUCCUCAUCUCCUGCCCGUGUACCGGAGGUCGACCAGAUUGUCGUGCUGGAGGAACACGACCGGUCCCGGUCCCGGCCACGAUCACGGUCACGGUCGAGAAGUAUUAGUCGCCCACGACCUGCUCCGGUACGUAGCGAUGGCGACGACGAGAUUAUAGUGUUGGAGGAACAGACGCCGCCUAGGCGGGGGAGCAGGGGUUAUAGCCGUAGGAGCAGCGAGAGGAGGAGUAGCGCGCAGUAUAGGGACGUGGAAUAUCGUAGGAGGAGCAGCUCCCGAAGAUGAUGAUUAUAGCAAUAACGGGAUGAGGGAACGGGCAAGCGAUUUCUAAGGGGGGUGGGCUUAUGGUUGGUUAUAUUGAAGUGCAAUAUGAACGAAUGUAUGUGAAAUACCUGGAGUUUUUAUGUAUUAAUUAGUAAAAUAGCGUGGCGUAUGAGGUUGUAUGAGAUGAUGGGCAUGUUGAAGUUACAUAUUAUAGUAUAUCAUGUAUCACGUACUCUCUGUCU